UUUUGUUCACAGAUCUCACAUCUCUGGCUGGUGGUGCACAUGGGGACCCUAUCCAUCAACUAGAAUAUCGGAUUUCCAGACUGGAAGGAGUCCUUCGCUUGAACAAGAUGAUAACAGAGUCUGGAGGAAAAAUCUUUGCUACCAAUGGGGAAAAAGCUGAUUUUGAUGCUACAGUGGAAAAAUGUAAAGAGGUUGGAGGCUUUAUUGCCACUCCAAAGAACCCUGGCGAGAAUGAUGCCAUUCUGUACUUUGUGAAGUAUUUUAACACCUAUGCCUACCUGGGGAUAAAACAAUCCCUUAUUCCAGGAAAAUUCCAGCUCCUGAAUGGUGCUCAGCUGAACUAUACUAACUGGUAUUCAAAUGAACCUUCUGGCAAAGGGGAGGAGGAAUGUGUGGAGAUGUACACUGAUGGCACUUGGAAUGACAAAAAGUGUAAUAAGAAUCACCUUAUUGUCUGCCAGUUUUAGUGCUUCCCUUGCUGCUCUCUCAAAUGUGCUUCCCUACCACUUGUGUCUUCCUUUGUCGUAGUGAACUUAGAUAAAGCAGCAUGAAAAAAUAAAAUACACUCUUUUCCAGUCUGAUUUGUCUUUUAAACAAAUGCCAGCCAUAAAGAGGAAACUGUAUAAAGAAAGCA